AUGUCUCGUGGUCGUGCCGCCACCGCCGCAGAAGUAGAGCUUACUUCGCACGGCAAGACGGAACUCGACAGCACAACGCCGAAUUCGAGGAGUGAUGGGCAAAAUGGAUUGUCUCCAAAUACACUUCGGCCAAAGUCUGAAGGCUUCAUGCCUGAAGCUAUUCGAGCACUGACUCCAAGCCCAAUUCUUAGCGGCCGAUUGUCUCCGUUCCCGCACGACGACAUGCGCAACAACCAGUCUGGGCUCACUCAGCCACCGUCGUUUAUUCGAAAAUUCUGGCAAAAUAAUCUACCGUCUAUAUGCGUCGCUUUAGCCCAAUUGUUUGGCGCCCUCAUGAAUCUUACCGCCAGGUUCAUGGAGCUAGAAGGCGACGGAAUGCAUCCUGUGCAGCUCUUAUUUUACAGACAAGGUCUCAGCGCUGUUGGCUGCUCUAUAUAUAUGUGGAAAGCCGGUUUUCCCGACUUCCCAAUACCGCACAAGGGCAUCCGCUUGCUACUGUUCGCCCGCUCCUUUUCCGGCUUCUUUGGGAUAUAUGGCAUGUGGUACUCAAUGAUGUAUCUGCCGCUCGCCGACGCAACAGUCAUUACGUUUCUGGCCCCGGGUGUCGCUGGCAUUAUAUGCUACUUUGCGCUCCGCGAACCAUUUACAAAGAUGGAGCAGCUCGCUACUCUGAUUGCCUUUUUCGGCGUCGUUCUCAUCGCACAGCCCGCCACCUUCUUCGCUGACUCGGGUAAAAAGUCAAGCCAUGAGCCAACUGAGGCCGGGGCUCUUCCAGGCAUGGACCACGAAGCAACCGCAAGAGAGCGUCUCGUUGCUGUUGCUGUUGCGCUCCUUGGCGUUUGCGGCGCGGCUGGUGCUUUUACAACUCUCCGAGCCAUUGGCAAGCAGACGCAUCCGCUCAUCUCGGUCAACUGCUUUGCGGCCAUCAGCACUUUGAUGUGUGCCACUAUACUUUGCGCAGCGCCAGCGCUCAACAUUUCACAACCGACGUUGCAGUGGAAGUUUUCAUACACGAUUAAGCAAGCCUUUCUUAUUGCUUUGAUCAGCCUCUUCGGAUUGAUCAUGCAGUUUCUGCUCACUGCGGGUCUGAGCAAGGAUAAAUCGAACAAGGCCAAUUCUAUGAUAUACACUCAUAUGCUGUUUGCUGCGAGCUUUGACUGGUGGGUCUUUGGCCAUCGGAUGGGAUUUAUCAGCUUUCUAGGAUGUGCAUUGAUUCUAGGCAGCGCCAUUGGAGUCAUGUUUCUGAAAAAGUCGCCGAAGGCUAUCGCGAAAGUAGAAGAUACUGAGGCGCAACAGAAUCUGCUAGAUGAGACCGAGGGCUCACCAAUGCUUAUGGAUGGCGGUGGCGCUGGUGCAAAUACAGAGCUGAAUGUCUUCCGGUCACGGUAG